UGCUGGUUUCGUCUGCUCUUCAGUCUAACCAGUCUCGUCUUAAACCCUUCCACAGUGCUCUGGGUCGUUUUGGUCCUUUUUCGGACCACGCUGUUUAAACUCGCCGUCCACUCAUUCAGAAACUUUGAUCACACCUAUUCCUUAUUUUUUAUUUAUCCCAGAGUGACAGGCUCCUGCCUCUUCUGGCGGUUAAUGCCACCAAGAGCCACCCACAGAUCGAGGGAGGGGACACUGCCCUCAUAUAGCCAUAAGAAAUAGUCUUAGUCUGCAAUGUUGGUCCGUUUUCUGAUAAAGAGAGCGAUUAUAAGGCAUCGUUCUCGUUAACAAAACCCUUCUGUCUCUUGGAGUUGGUUUUCAGUGAACUUCCAUGUGUAAACUAUUAAGUGUCCUGGCCUCUGUGUAAAGGAAAAAAAACAAGUUGUUUUAGACGUCCUCAAUAACCAAGCAAUAAGCCUUAUAUGACCACUUCUAACAAAUAAUUCAAAAAUGCGAUACUUAUUCAUUCUUUUGCUUGUGAUUUGGGAAAACCAGUGUGUCUAUAUUCCUAUUUUUCCUCUGAUUUCAAGGUCUUAUUUUCAAGAGGUCCAAUUUCUAUUCUUUCCUUUAAUUUGUCUUUGAUUUAAGAGUGGAAAUACUUGGCAUCUUUUUUGGUAACUUCAUUUGCUCUUCUUUAUUUACAGACUUUAUCUUAGAUUUUUUUUUUUUUCAUGAUCACUUAUCAUAUUUAGUUUUGUUCUUUUUGUUUUCCUAUAUUAUUUUUUACAGUCUGUUUGGAUAAGAUUUAUGUUUGUAAUCUAUUUUGGUUGUUACUAAUGUUUCUCACAGUACUUUUAAGUUAAUCUCUUGCCAUGUAUCCCUUAAAUCAUUGGUUCCCAACCCCAUGGUCGCAACCCAAAUGCAGGUCACCAGUGGGUAUUAAAAGAAGAAUAGAAGACUAUUGCUGGGCAUGGAAGUGUGGUGUUGUCACAGCAGUCAUGGGGAGUACCAGCCCACAGGUCAAGAAUUUCAUAUAUAUUGCCUACGAUUACCUAAGAAAAAAGACAGAUAAGAAUCUCUCACAACUUCAGAGGCAGUUGCAGAUUUUAUCAGUGGUAAGUGACCUGCAUGCCUUUGAGCCAACAUGCAUGGAAACACUAGAGUUCUAUGUCUGUCUGGAGCAGCUGUUGAGCUUGACCGAUGCCAGAUCGCCUCUAGCCUGGAAGGUCAUAAGCCUAUUGGCUCACAUCUGCCAUUCGCCAACCAUACGCAUUGCUCUGAGAGAUGAAAUCAAAGUGGUGCCUAUCUUAAGUGAAUAUUUGAUUUCUUCGAAGUUAAGCAAGGAUAAAGCUGGCAAAACAUUACAGUUGCUUCAAGAAAUCUCUUAUGGGAUAAAGCUCUAUCUAGCUGUGCAUACCGAGAUGAAGAGAAUGUUUCUCGGGGGGUGUUGGGGGGCGGAGCCCCCAUCAACCCUCCCCACGGGCAUAUCCGAAGGUGCCCAGUCACCACAACUUGGACAAUUUCACGUGUUGAAGCAUGGGUGCUUCGACUAGUGCCAAACUUGGUAGAAAUGAUUCUCGACAGUAGUAGUGGGGAUGACCUUCUUGUACCAGCUUUAGCCACACUUGCAAAUCUCUGUCGUUCUAACCCCCCAGUCCU